AUGGGGCCUCAAACUGAUCGCUCCGAUAUUAUCAUCUCCAUACACCCCGAACACGUGGAGAGGAUAGCCGCCGGCACAAAGAACCACGAAUUCCGUGAUUACAGGAUUCCCCAGACCGUUAGCCGUAUCUGGAUUUACGUCACUAAACCAGUUUGUGAGCUACAGUAUAUGGCCAUCAUUAGCGAGGCUAAACAGCCAGGAGAGAUCAAUGAUGAGAAAGGGGUUGGAAAUGCCGAGUUCAACAAGGGGAAGAUGUCGAAGUUCGCAUAUGAGCUGCAGCAAGUGUACCAACUCAAUAAUCCAGUGUCCAUCGAAACGAUGAAGGAGAACGGCUGGGUCGGGGCACCGCCACAGAAAUACAUCUAUGUGCCACCGGCGGUUGUGGGCCAGCUCAUGGGCAAUCUCCGAUGUGCUCUCUUUUUCGACGAGCAUGACCAACACGACGUUGGCAUUUCCGUUUCGCAAGAGGUCGAGAUGCAAUUACGCAGCGACAUCACCCACGCAACACAGCUGCUCUCCUCGGACGGUAUCGAGAUGGUGCCGUCCAGCCAGGAACCUACUCCUCGGCAGAACAACUCUCACUCCAAGCCGGAGUCGUUCGCCAAGCCCAUGCUGCCCGUUAAGAGCGGGCCGACAACGCGCAGCCAGGCGACGCCGACGAAGCGCAACAACGACACCUUCAUACGGCCCUCGCAGGCCACGACCGUGAGCGAGGUGUCGAGCCCGCCGCCGGCGCAGACGCCCGAGAAGAGCAGCGUGCCGAGGCGGCCGCAGCCGUGCUCGAGCGUGCCUACGUUGCCAGACGAUCUGGAUGCGGAUGUGGAUGUGGAUGAGAGCCCGAUUGCGCUGCGGCUGCCGCAGGGGCAGGGGCAGGGGCAGUUCUCCAUUGGCUCGUCGCAGGUGCUGUUGCAGGAUAGCUUGAUUAAUGACGAUGAUGUGAGGCGGCCACCUGUUGGGUGGGAGUCUGAUGGGGAGUGA